CACUACCUGGCGGUUGCCCUCCACGCCCAUCGCCGCAAGCCGUGACUCCGGGGUCAAGCUCCGCGCUUUGCAACUUUCCCGCCGCUGCCAUGUCUACCAUUAUUGAGAAUGCGGCAUCCGCCGCCGAACCAAGCGCAGCCGGCGCUGUGCCGGGCGCAUCAGCUGCGAUGGUUGCGCCGCUUCCCCGAAAAUUCAAGGCAUCCGACCUGCCACUUCCCUCGGCAACCCGAACCGCUAUCGAGAACCUCGCACAUGCCUUCAAAAAGAAGGGCGGCUACGACGCCAUUCGCAAGCAGGUGUGGGAGAAGUUUGAGGCUAGCGACUACGAAGCCCAAGUCACCAAAGCCAUUCUCGAGGUUGCCGAGCAGGAAGUCGAGCGCAAUCCAACGCAACUCCUGACCCUCGAGCGUGGGAAAGCUGCGGCCCUUAUUGAUGGCGCACUCGACCGCGGCGGUGUCUACCAAAAAGCAGAGGAAGUUAUCAGCGCGUUGAUCGACAGCCGUGCCAUUGAGGCGCACAUUCGGGAAUUACGCCGCGCAGAGAUCGGCGACGAGGCAGCCGAAGAAGAGAGGAUGCGCGGUGCGAAGACGGACGAGGAGUAUGCCGCCGAGACGGCCGCCCGCCGCGCUGAGAGGGAACGCGUCCGAGCGGAGCUCAAAGCGGUUGAGGAGAAGAAGCGGCAGCUCGAGCGCGAGAUCAAGGCAAAAGAAGAAAUGAAGAGACGAGCGGCCGAGAGGGCUGCUAGAGAAGAGCGCAGGAAAAAAGAACGGGAGGAGGAUGAGCGGAGAGAAAAGGAGCGACAGGAGAGGCGGGAGCGGCGAGAAAAAGAGAGGGAACAAGAGAGAGAACGGGAGAAAGAGCGACUUCGGGAGCGCGAAAAGGAGAGAGACAGAGACCGGAGUCGUGACAGGGAGCGAGAGCGAGACCGCGAGAGAGACCGUGACAGAGACCGUGACAGAGACCGUGACAGAGACCGUGACAGAGACCGCGACAGAGACCGCGACAGAGACCGCGAGCGAGAUCGCGAGCGAGAUCGCGAUAGCUACCGUGAACGCGGUUAUGACAGCUACAGAGGCACCCCCAGAGACCGGUCGAAGGAACGAGACAGAGGGAGGGACAGGGAGAGGGAAAGGGAGAGAGACAGGGAGAGGGACAGGCAUAGGGACAGAGAAAAAGAGAGGGACAGGGAUCGGGAACGGGAACGGGAUCGAGACCGACACGAUACUCGCGACAGCAGAGCAAAACCAACGGCUGAAGAGCGCGUGGAAGAUGUUCAGCAAAAGCUGACCAAGGAGGAUCUUGAGCGCCUCGAGCAAGAAGCGCUGGCCGACCUCCUCAGGGAAAGCAAGCGUGUUAUCAAGAAGGAGCCCGAGUUGGAAGUCGACGAGACGUUGAUUCCUCCUCCGAAAAAGGCAAAACCCGCCUCUGCGAUCGACCCGAUUCAGCGUCCAGUUUCCAAGGUCUCUGAGCCCAAGAAACCAGCAGAAGCCAAAGAUCUGCUCGAGGCCAAGAAGGCAGACGAAAACAGGGACUUGAAGGAUGCAAAGGACUCAAAGGAAGUGAAGGAGACUAAGGAACCUGAAGCCAAACCCGAGAGGCGGAGGAGUAGGAGUCCAUCUCGCUCCUCCCGUACUCAUCGCUCCAGAUAUAGGAGCCGGUCCAGAGAUGAUGAUCGGAGACGCAAGGAUGACCGCUCACGCUCGCCACGUCCUCGGCGCGAGCGUAGUCGUUCUCGCCGGCGGAGCCGGUCCAGAGAUGAUGAUCGGAGACGCAGGGAUGACCGCUCACGCUCGCCACGUCCUCGGCAUGAGCGGAGUCGUUCCCGCCGGCGGAGCCGGUCAAGGCUUAGAGAUAGGCGAGAAGACCUUCGAGACGAUCAUCGGGAUGUUCUCCGGCAUGACCGCCAACACAGUCGUCGCGACGACUCCCGCGGAGGCCGCAAAGAUGACCGAAGGGAGGACCGGCGGGAGGACCGAGGCCGUAGUAGGUCUCGUGCCAGGGGAGAUCGGCAUGAACGGAGCCGUUCCCGUCCCCGGACUGCCAGGGCCGAUGAUAGGAGAGACCGAAGAAGCCGGUCCCGACACCGUGACGACCGCGCUCGCAGCCGGUCGCCGCGUGCCGGAACUGAGCGUCGUGAUCGUUCUCGGUCUAGACUGCGGUUUGGACGUCGCGAUAGGAGCCGCUCUCGCUCAAGAGAUCGGGAUCACCGCGGUAGACGUGAUUACAGCCGCGACAGUGACCGUGACCGCGAGCAGGACAAGUCGAAGGAGGAUGACGGAGACCGGGACCGGGACCGGCGCCCCAGAAGUCGCUCCCGCUCGCCUCUGAGCGCGGCUCGGCCUCCGUCCGGCUUGAGCCAGAUCGAGAGGGAAGCAUGGAAGCAGGCCGAAGUCAAGAAACGGGAACAAGAAGCCAAGAUUUAUCUUGCAGCUCAGAGGGAGGCUCGCGAGAAGGGCUUGCCUGUGCCGGGGAUUGAUGACCGCCGCGCCGGGGACAGGUCGCCGGACAUCAGACGCCGGCGCGAACCCGACGAACACGAUCGCUACUUGCCAGGCGACCGCGACCGGGAUCGAGACCGGGAUCAUGACCGUGAUUGGGACCGUCUCAUGGACUAUCGCGGCGGUGACCGCUACGACGGCGAUCGGAACAGACCUAGAGACAGGGAUCGCGACAGGCGGGACCGUGACCGGGACCGGGACCGUGACCGUUCGCGUGAUCGUGAUCGUGAUCGCGAUCGUGCGAAGGACGAUCGUCGGGACACCAGACGACGCAGCUGGUCGAGGAGCCGAAGCCGUGAGCGCGAAAGGGACCGCUCCAGGGACCGGGAUAGGGAUAGGGACAGAGAUAGCCACUACCGGCGCAGCCGGCGCGAACGGAGUGUCUCGUCUCGACGUGACCGGGACCGCGACAGAGAUAGGGAUAGGGACAGGGACAGGGACAGGGACAGGGACCGAGGCCGCGACCGGAGCCGGCAUGGCAGCCGGAGACGGAGCAGAAGUCGCGGGUAGAGGUCUCAAAUUCGUCAACCGCACCACGCCAACAUUGCCCAACAGGGCGCGGCUGUGAAUAGAUCGGAACUUCCCAGGUAUCGGACCUUACGCUGAGAGGGGGGGUGUUGACAUUUCCGGCUUUAUUUUGGCGCCUCGAGAGACAGGGCUUUGGGACGGCAAGGGCACGGAUUUGGACUCGACGUGGAGCAGCUUUUGCGCGAUACCUACUCGGCAGAUCAUUAUGGGAGGGAUGUUGGUCGUAAUUCAUUCCCAGGAAGA